CCCAAUAUCCAAACUGUAACUCCAAUUCCCCUGAAAACCUCUCUGCAAAAUACCAAACGAUCCUUUCAUUUUACUAUCCGUUUAAGUUUCUCUCCUCUCUAUAAAUAUGCAUUUAACCUUAACUUCCAUUCAUCAUAAGCUCUCAUUGACCAACAGUUAUUGUAUUUUCUCUCUGCAUAACCUCACUAUCACCUUACUUUUCCUAACAAUGGCACAUGGAAAGAAGAGUUCCUCCACAAAGGCUACAAAACAUGGUGAAUCAUCAGUUGCAUUGGUCCAUGUUGAUCAACCUCAACCACUAUCUGUUGCACCCAUUGUAUCUUCUUAUAAUGAAAAGAUACGUCCAGUUCUUGAUGCCCUUGAAAAUCUAAGGCGUCUCAACAUUGCCAAAGAGGGAAUACAGUUACCAACCAUUGUUGUUGUUGGCGACCAAUCUUCUGGAAAGUCAAGCGUUCUGGAAUCUCUUGCUGGUAUCAGCUUGCCCCGUGGUCAAGGAAUCUGCACUAGGGUACCAUUGGUUAUGCGUCUUCAGAAUCAUUCACUUCAACAGCCAGAGCUUGUACUGGAGUAUAAUGGCAAGAAAGUUUCAACUGAUGAAGCAAAUGUCUCUGAUGCUAUCAACACAGCUACUGAAGAGCUCGCUGGUACCGCUAAAGGAAUUUCCAACAACCCUUUGACUUUGAUUGUGAAGAAGAACGGUGUGCCUGAUUUAACUAUGGUUGAUCUUCCGGGAAUUACUCGUGUACCUGUUCAUGGUCAGCCGGAUAAUAUCUACGACCAGAUCAAGGAUAUCAUCAUGGAGUAUAUAACUCCUGAAGAAAGCAUUAUCUUAAAUGUUCUUUCUGCUACUGUUGAUUUCACAACAUGUGAGUCCAUCAGGAUGUCUCAGUCUGUUGAUAAAACUGGUUUGAGAACUUUGGCAGUCGUUACAAAAGCUGACAGGUCUCCUGAAGGUUUGUUGGAGAAGGUGACAGCCGACGAUGUUAACAUUGGUCUUGGUUAUGUUUGCGUAAGGAAUAGAAUCGGCGACGAAUCUUAUGAAGAAGCUAGAAAUGAAGAGCAGAAUCUUUUUGAGUCUCAUUCCCUCCUUUCAAAAAUAGACAAGUCUAUCGUUGGAAUUCCUGUUCUGGCACAGAAGCUUGUUCAUGUCCAAGCUAUGAUUAUAUCAAAAACAUUGCCGGAGAUUAUGAAGAAGAUUAAUGAGAAGCUUAAUAAUAGUGUAAAGGAGUUGGAAAACUUGCCUGCCAAUUUGUCUUCUUUGGCGGAUGCUAUGUCUGCUUUUAUGCAAAUUGUUGCUCUUUCUAGAGAGUCUCUUAGAAAGAUUCUUCUGAUAGGAGAUUUUCAAGAGUAUUCUGAAGAUAAACAAAUGCAUUGUACUGCUAGGUUAGUUGAAAUGCUUAAUUCCUACCAAAAGGAACUUCAAAACUGUCCUGAAAGUAAUUCAACAAAGGAUUUUCUAAUGGAAGAAAUAAAAGUUCUUGAGGAAGCCAAGUUUAUAGGUCUUCCAAAUUUCAUGCCAAGAGUUGCAUUUCUUACUUUACUUCAGAGAAAAGUAAAUGGGGUUUCUUAUAUGCCAAUACGUUUUGUCGAUAGCGUUUGGUGUUAUUUGGAAACUGUUGUUAUUUCUGUUUUGAGUCGUCAUUCUGCAAAUUAUUACCAGUUGCAGGUCUCGACUCGUCGAGCUGUGGAGCGUCUUAUUGCUAAGAAGAAGAAGAUCUCCAUUCAACAUGUGUUGCAAGCUGUUGAGAUGGAGAAGCACACGGACUACACUUGUAAUCCAGAGUACUUGCAGGAGUAUAACAAGUUGAUGUUGCAUCAACAAGUAUUUGUGAAAGAAGUUUUGAAUGCUAAUAGAAGAUCAAGUACUGUGAAGCUUGAAGGGUUUGGUGACAUUGAAGUUAAUCAUCUGAGGAACUGUCAGAAUGAUUUGUAUGACGCUUUUGACUUGAAGGCGAGAUUAAUUGUUUAUUGGAAGAUUGUGUUGAGGAGGCUCAUUGAUGUUAUUGCUUUGCAUUUGAUGCUUAGCAUCAAUGAACUUCUGGAUGUUGAUUUACAUAAGGAGAUCUGUAAUGAACUCGGGGGUGGUGUUGAGAGGCUCCUUGAGGAAUCUCCAUCUAUUUCUGGCAAGAGAGAAAAGCUAAGUAGGAGUGUGAAAGUUCUUGGAGAAAGCAAGGAGACUGUGGCAAAUAUAAUCGACAGGAUUGGAGUCUACGGUGAUAACUAGGAACAUUGCUCAGUGUUUUCAUUUGUGUCUCUUUUCUUCUAUCAUGCAUGU